AUGUCUGACACUCUAUCUAAAAGAAAGCAAUAUCGCGAGGCCAAGGAGGAAACCCGAAAAGUGCUCAAGCACGCGCGCUUCGAGGACGGCCCGGAGGUCAGUCUCCCGAAAAAACGGUUCUAUAGACAACGUGCACACUCUAAUCCGUUUUCAGAUCACAAGCUGGAGUACCCAAAGAGCCCCGAGUCGAUGGACUGGAGCAAGUACUAUCCAGGUUUUGUGGAUAGCGAGACAGGGAAAUUGGAUCGGCAGGUUGAGAUCGCGGACAUUGGCUGCGGCUUCGGCGGUCUUCUAGUUGAUCUGGCUCCACAUUUCCCCGACAAGCUGAUCCUGGGUAUGGAGAUCAGGGUGCAGGUCACACAGUACGUGGAGGACCGCAUCAUCGCAUUGAGGUUGCAACACAAAGAGGCGAGAAAAUAUCAAAACAUCAGCGUGAUCCGCGCGAACGCCAUGAAGUUCCUUCCUAAUUUCUUCCACAAGGGACAGCUGUCUAAGAUGUUUUUCUGUUUCCCGGAUCCGCACUUCAAGCAGAGAAAACACAAGGCGCGCAUCAUCACGACAACACUGCUGAGCGAGAAAGAAAGUGGCACGCAACCACGGUGA